UUAAGACUGAAGGUAGAUCGACAGUAAGUUUGACCAGAGCAAGGAGUCUGAAUAGCCAGUCAUAGAUCGCCAGCCUGCAAGGAUCAUAUCCCGUUUUCGCAACUUUCUUCUUAAAUAAGAGAUCAUACAGAAAGGAAACCAUGGCUACAGUCAGAGUGGUGCAUCGGCAGCGAGCCCUGUGGAGGCAGUGCCAUAGGACUGCUGCUAUUGGCAUCUGUCAUCUCCACACCACCACCAGCAGCAGCAGCAGCCAUGCCUCCUCCUCCAAAGAGCAUUACAAGGUCCUAGUGCUGGGAGGAGGAAGUGGUGGCAUCACAAUGAGUGCUCGGAUGAAGAGGAAGCUAGGGGCGGAGAACGUGGCCAUAGUGGAACCCAGUGAGAUGCACUACUAUCAGCCCAUCUGGACAUUGGUUGGCGCUGGGGCUAAAGGUGUGGCCUCUUCCGGUCGACCUACCGCCAGUGUUGUGCCGUCUGGUGUCAAGUGGGUUAGAUCCAAGGUUCAGGAGAUCAACCCAGACACAAACACUGUGCGCACAGGAAAUGGCAUGGAGAUCUCCUACCAAUAUCUGAUAGUGGCUUUAGGUUUACAGCUACACUAUGAAAAGAUCAAGGGUCUGCCUGAGAUUGAAGAGUGGGUCAAAUUUAAGAUUGGUUCAAACUAUUCCGUACAAACUGUGGAGAAGACUUGGAGUGCACUGCAGAACUUCAAGGAGGGAAAUGCUGUAUUCUCUUUCCCCAACACUCCGGUGAAGUGUGCAGGAGCACCACAGAAGAUCAUGUACCUGACCGAUGCUUAUCUCAGGAAGACAGGAAAAAGGGCCAAGGCCAACGUUGUGUACAACACAUCACUGCCAGUGCUGUUUGGGGUCAAGAAAUAUGCAGAUGCAUUGUGGGAGAUUGUGAAGAGUCGCGACAUCCAGGUGAAUCUCAGACAAAAUCUCAUCGAGGUCCGGGCCGACAAGCAGGAAGCUGUGUUUGAAAACCUCGACAAUCCUGGAGAAACCAAAGUGUUUGAGUAUGAGAUGCUUCAUGUCACUCCUCCGAUGGGACCCAACCCGGUGGUUAAAGGAUCCUUAUUGGCUGAUGAGGCUGGCUGGCUGGACGUCAACAAAGAGACCCUUCAACAUAACAAGUAUCCCAACGUGUUCGGGAUCGGAGACUGCACCAACCUGCCGACAUCCAAAACAGCUGCUGCCGUGGCUGCCCAGUCUAGUAUUCUGGACAGAACCAUUUCAAAAGUGUUGAAGAAUGAAAAGCCGGAUAGUAAGUAUGAUGGCUACACAUCCUGCCCUUUGGUGACGAACUACAACGCCGUCAUUCUGGCUGAGUUUGACUAUAGUGGGCAGCCAUUGGAGACAUUCCCCAUUGACCAAAGCAAGGAGAGAUGGACCAUGUACCACAUGAAAGCUGACGUGAUGCCUCAUCUGUACUGGCAUGGACUUCUCAAGGGGUUUUGGGGUGGACCAGGACCAUACAGGAAAAUCAUGCACCUUGGGAUGAAAUAGAAGCUUAUACAUCCAAUUCAGCUGUUUCACUGUUACAAUGUAAUCCACUUUUUCUCUGAUCUUUGAUUCCCAGAUAGGGUUGCAAAAUUCCUGUGACUUUCCCAAAAUUCCAAGGAUUUCUGGAAAACCUGGUAGUUUUUGGAAAGUUCCUAGAACGUUACAACACUAUUCCCAGACCACUAUUUCAAUAACCAUCAUUUCAUAAUACAAUUAAGCAAGGUAUUGAAAAUACCAUUAGAUUUUUUAUUUAAUAUAAUAUAUAUCCAUAAAACCUCUAGUAAUACUGUCAGUGCUUAAUCUGGUACCUGUUGCGGCAUGAUUUAUUAAUUGUUUCACUGUUCGCACUAUAAACAUUCUAAUAAAAGCUAUAACAGUCCAAUCAAA